AAGACCCGAGUGUCGAUGGAUCGGGAGGUCUCGCGCAGACGGUGCGAAAUUCGUGCCAGUUUGCUGCACACACGCGAAGUGUUUGACGGCUCAAUAAUCGCUCCGCUGAAGAUGGGAUCAUAAUCAACUUGAGUGAUCGGCGCCUUUGACACCUGCCCUCGCCGAACAUCACCGUUUCUGUGAAACGACCGUAGAUAUAACAUGUACGACACGGUAAGGGCAGUUAUCCGCUCUCCUCAGAGGAACAAAAUAGGCACUUCCCUCAUCCAGCGCAAGGUUACAAUAUAACAAAACAAUCAAACGCGUCUCGGUUCAAGUCGCCUUCCGAAAGUGCGAAGGUGUCGUGUGCGAAGUAUCCAGCGGGGAUCGCGCGAUUAUCGCAUUCGGUUCUGUAAUGACACGUUCAUCCGCGCUCGAGCGAUCUCGCAUCACAGGGGCUAGCAAGCUAGCCAGCUACUUUUAUUCUAUCUGACGAAACGCAGCGAGAAACCCGCGCACCAGACCGUCUCAUUUGAAAAGUCUUCCCCGAAAACCCCUAGUUUAAGUAAUGAAAGCCGUCGUCUGCCCGUGGACGGGAUUCUCUCCCCGAAAAUGCCCUGGCGGAGUUUGACAGGAGUGAGAUUUAUACUUCAUCUUCCCCAAAGCAAGAUGGACUCUCUUUUCGUGUGUCUGCCUUGUCAGAGCCCCGAUCGACAUUUUGCACCGAGAUGCAAAGCCGUGGACGGUUCAGAUCGAGGGUCAAGCGAAGUGUGAAAGGAGCUCGACGGUCUAAAUAAUCGGGGGAUAUCACCGAGAGGGUGCUUUGUGGAGUUCUGGAAUCGGCGAUCUAGAGUUCCCUCGGGCUGCAGAGAGAGAGAGCACCGCUCUGUACCUGAAAACUAAACGCUGCAAUACUUUACAUACCGUCUCGGAUGUGCUUUAAUGUGAAGGAGCCCGCGUGGCUUUAAAGAAUUCAAUGCAUGUUGUCAUCUUCAUCGCAUGAUACAGCCUGACUGACAGAUCCAUCCUCAUCUUUCAAAUACCGUAUUUCCAUAUUCUGUGACUCUGGUCAACAGCAGUAUGAAGGGCGGAGGUGGAGGGAAAGAGCCUCCGGUGGAGGGAGAGGUCAGCGGAAAACGGCCCAAACGCAAGUGCCUGCAGUGGCACCCGCUGCUCGCCAAGAAAGCUCCGGACUUUUCUGAGGAAGAGGAGGAGGAGGAGGAUGAAGAGAUGGAAAAGGAGCCGGUGUUAUGCACCGAGAGCGGGGUUCAGGAGGGUGAGUGCGUUGCGAUUGAGGAGGACGUUGGAGAGUUCUCUUCUGAGCAGCGAGCUCGCCGGCCCAUGAAUGCCUUUCUGCUGUUCUGCAAACGGCAUCGUUCGCUCGUUCGGCAGGAACACCCACGACUCGACAACCGGGGAGCCACGAAGAUCCUGGCGGACUGGUGGGCCGUUCUGGAUCCCAAAGAAAAGCAGAAAUACACAGACAUGGCCAAGGAGUAUAAGGAUGCUUUCAUGAAGGCUAACCCAGGAUACAAGUGGUGUCCUGCCACCAACAAGCCGGUGAAGAGCCAAUCCCAUUCCUUGAGUAAUCCCCGUAAGAAAGUCUGGCCUCUGCCCUCCAACCCCAGCAAGGACACACCCAUUGCCAAAAAGCAGCAUAAAACUGAAGGCGCACCCCAGCUAAACUUUGCCAUGGCAGAUCCCACUAAAAUGGGGGGCCUAAGCAUGCUGCUGUUAGCCGGGGAACACGCCCUGACUGCCAGAGAGAUUUCCUCCAGCUCUUCCCAGACAGAAGGGACAGAUGCUGCUAAGCAUGCUGGGAAAUCAGCCCUCUUCCAGCUGGCUGAGAUAUCUUCCAGCCCAGAGAAGCUGGCUGAGGAAAGUAAGAAUGUUGAAGAUAGAAGCUCUCUGACAAAUGCAGAGGCCUUUGGACCGUCUCACCCGAACUCUCCAGAUCUGCCGAAGAGUUGUGUUAAAUCUCCUCUCUUUCAGCUGGCUGAGCAGAUCUCCUCCAGUAGGUCUCAACCUGCGUCUGAGGGGCGGCAGUGUGGCCAGUCGGCUCUUUUCCAGCUAGCUGAGAUGUGUUUGGCCUCUGAAGCAGAGAAGAUGGAAGCUCGCUCCUCACAACCUUCAGAAGAUUCAUCUGUCUGUGCUCAGCACAACCCAAGCAGCACAGUCGACCCCGACCGCAAAGAACAUAGGGAUGGUCCUCAUCUUCCUCUCCCCAUGCCACCACCUUCAUCAACCUCAUCUUCUGCCUCUACCUCCGGCUCCACCUCUUCCUCUCCCACUGACGCCACCCCCUCCGAAAUCAGCCCCUCUAAGACGCCGAAGAAGAAAAAAAAGAAGAAAGAAAAUAAAGAAACUGACGAGUCUGGAAAAAAUCCCACAUCACCCAAAAAGGUAAAGAAGCGACAGUCGCCCGACUCGGACUUGGACAGCGUGAUGUUCACUAUCGAGGCGGUUGCUAAAGGUGCCUGGGGCUCAGAGGAGACCCCUAAGAAGAAAUCACGUCCCUCAGAAAGUGACAGCAGCCCAGCUGUCGACCAAUCUGUGACGGUGAAGAAGAAGUCAAAACCCAAACAGAAAAAAGCGAAAGACGAGGUGAACGAGGAAGAGAAGACGGAAGAGGAUAAGCAGAAGGACACGGAAGAGGAGAUGAAAACGGAAGAACCUCCCCUGUCCCCUAAGCCAGAGUGUGAGGAGAUGCCUGAUGUGAAGGUAGAGCCGCCUAGUGGUGUGGAAGAAAUAAUGCCUCACUGCUCUCCCGCACAGCCGAUCGAAAGGGAAGAGAUAGAAACGGACGCAAAUCCAUCUCCAGACCAAACCAGACCUGAGGAUAAGGAGCCAGAGUUCAAGCCAGAGACUUCGGGGUCCAGGAAGUCCGAACGGAGCUGUAAAGGAGCUCUUUAUAAAACACUGGUGUCUGAAGGGAUGUUGACGUCUCUGCGGGCAAAUGUCGACAGAGGGAAAAGAGGUUCCAUGCGAGGCAGCGUGUCAGAUCACGAGGGUGGCUGGAAUGACGAGAGUUGGGGGUUUUCUCAACCUGCUGUCAGUACCCCAAAAAAGCUGAAGAAGUCCAAAUCUAAAGAGGAAACCACCCCUGGACUGGGUAAACUCGAAGAGGAAUUCGAGAAAAAGUUCAACAGCUUGCCACAGUACAGCCCCCUCACAUUUGACAAAAAGACAGCAUCAGUCACCAAGAAGAAAAAAAGCACCGCGUCCAAUACUCCCGAACUGCCCAAACCCUGCGCGGGUUCAUCUUCAUCUCAGAAAAAGACCUUUUUCCACAAGAUAGUGAGCAAGUACAAACAAAGGAAGGAGAAAUCCAGUGCGGCAGACAAAGAUGUUGUCACACCUGACCCAACAAUCACAGAAUCAAGCCAGGUUGUGAAACCGGCCAGUCCGUGUGUGUCUCCCUCUCCUGAACCCCAAAAGGUUUUGGAAACGCCCGUGGGCAGUCAGAAGAGGAAGGCCCGAAAAAAUAAAAUCACACACUUGGUGCGCACGGCUGACGGUCGAGUAUCACCUGCAGAGGAGGACAAAUCAAAAGAUCAGACCAAGAAUCAGGAUGAAAAGCCAUUCAGUCACGAGACAUUAUGCAAUAGGGGGAUCUGCUACACUGACCCCGUAUCAGAGGAAGCGGACAGGUCGGAUACGUCCGGCAGCCUCCCGACCUUCUUCAGCUUAGCGGCCCUCGCUGAGGUCGCCGCCAUGGAGAACGUGCACAGAGCCCAGCAUGCUGUAAGCAUCACCACCGAAGGUCAGGUGAAGGACAUGUCUCCUGUGCUGAUUUCCUGUGCAGACCAGUGAGGUCUCUGAUUGGCCCAGACUGGGUCUAACUCAGUUGUGGCCUAUGUAAGGACAUGCCAGGACCUCAUCUUUGACCCUGGGCCCCUGAUGCCAGGGGGAUAGAGAGAUACUGAAAAUGAAUUAGGGACGUGGAAAAGGAUGUUUUAUCCCAGAAGCCUUCACCUUGCAACCUUUCCCCACCCCUCCCUCUCACCCCCUCAGGGCCCCGAGGGAGCCAUACCUGGUCUCCGAAACUGUUCCUCUAGUGGCUUCAGACCAGUUAUCAGACUUUACAAUCUGCAAGAAAUUGGCUACUUUAUAAGGUCAAGUUUUGCCUACAAAAAGUGCAUUUGAAGCAAGCGCUCUCUCUCUCUAUCCGUCUUUCUUUUUCUUUUAGCUUGUUUUUCUUCUGGUUAGCCUUAUUGCACAAACAUCUACUUCACAAAGCGACAAACAACUUUCUCAGUCAGAGGAAAUUUUGUGGCUUCCUGCCCCCCUUUCCUGCUCUGAAUCUACUAAGAAACAGAGAGAGAGAGAGAGAUGGUUUUUAGACUGCCCGACCUCAGCUUUAUACCUCUGUUUGGUUUUAUUCUUUGCACACUUCAAUACCAUCCUCACCUUCACGACGCACAAUGCCUAGAUGCCUCUUUCUUUCAAGCAAUGACCCUCGAACGCAUCUGAAGGUGAGAGUCUGAGAUAAAGCACCUGCGUUUCUCGUGCAGGCAGCAGCGAUGUGGUACGGGGGAAGGCCGGAUGUUUGCGUGCAUCUCCUUGCGGUCACGCGCAUACCCACUUCUUACUGACUGAAUCACCUGAUGGAAAGCCAGUUGAACCGUUUGUAUCUUGAAACCCUCAUCGCUUUUGGCUCUUUGCUGACAUGCGCAGACGUUGACGGGUCUAUGAUGAGUAGGCCCAUGUGGAAUCUGUGUUUUUGUUUGCAUUAUAAGUAGUAAAUCCACACAAAAACCUGUGUUUUUUUUGUUAGCAUAUUUAAUUUAGCAAAGCUUUUUAAUAAGCAAACAUGCAGGGGGUGAUGUGGAGAAGUUGCGAAUGACAUUUAUUUCAUUUUUGCGUACGUUUCUUCCACAUGGGCCCGGUUUUAAGAUCAGCGUGGCGAUACUUGAACGAAAAAAAUGCAUUUUAUGUCAAUACUUGACCUUACCGCAGUGUGUAGCGUCUUGCUGGCUAAUCCAAAAGAGUGCUACGCCUCUCUAACAUAGUUUAAUAAUAGACACUGCACUAAUUUUUAGCUUCGUUAGACUUUUAGGCUUUUAGUUGACGUUGGCUUUUGUUAUAAUAGCGAUUUUUGGUAUUUGUUUUGUGCUUUUUGUAUCGUCACUGAGAUAGGCAGCCUUGUUUUCCUCUCGUACCCGAGGCUGUAGAUGCCAUUCCAGCUUAAUGUUUUAUGAUUCUGUCCAUUUAAGCACAUGGUGGGAGAGAAUUGGAGAUAAAAGGAAAACAGGGAUUGAUGUUGAGACUCUGGAUGUCUCUCUCACUCAUACGCACUUGCACACACACCUGUAUUGUGGGAGUCCCAGCGUAGCGUGUUCUCUUGUAACAGCACAUCCUGUGAGUCAGGGUCUGGUCUUCAGAUCAUGUACUGUGUGUCUGCAUUGACCGAUUGUCAAAAUCAUUUUUCUUAUCAGUAUUUUUGUCUCGUUUUCCAGUAGAAAUAGCUUUAACUUACUUUUAAGAUGCAAUAUAUUCCAGACACAAAAUUGCACCGUUUUAUUUUAUAAAGUGACGUUUAUUUUUCUUAAGCCAGUUUCAAAUCCUCAAAAACAGUUUUGUCAGAUUUCUACUAUAGACAACCGUCGACGUAUUUGGAUAAAAAUGAAAUCUAUAUAUUUGAUCUGAAUAUUACUCUUAAUACCUGGCAAAGUUUUACUGUUGUUAAGACUGAAAAACCAGAUUUGACAAAAAUACUUGAGAAAGUGAUUUCAACAGUCGACUUUCUGUGUUUUCGGGCUGGUUUGACCCUCAGACUCAGGUUCCUGAAAGCCUCCUGAGAUCCCAGAGAGUCUAGAUGAGGUAAAUGAAGGAAUUCUUAAAGCCAGAUCACAAAACAUUCAUCUGCUGUAGUCGCGCUUUUUUCCGAUUUUGAUAAUAGUUUGUUUUUGCUUUUCAAAAUAUCCUUCUAUAAAUGAUAUUGUCUGUGAAUUUAUGAACUAAUAAGGUUUUUUUACUUUUUUGAAAAUACUGUAUUUAAUUUUUCUUUCCGUAGACAACUUUUUGUGUAGGGUUCGUUUUCCACGCUUAUGUUCCGUUUCGUUACUAAAACCUCUUUUCCGAGGUUAGCUGUACUGGAUCGAGACUGUUGUCAAAAGCUCAUAUACAAAUAUCUGUGUAUAUAUAUAUACCUAUGCUUACCUGUUAAGCCAACAAGCACUGAGAUAGAUGCACCGCCUCUAGACGAUUAGUUUCCUGCUUGUGAAAGUGCACGUGCGUGGCAAUGCCGCAAAUGGCCUACGUCUGGUGUGUGUGGCUGGGCACAAUGUCUGAAUGUUCCCCCUCCCUGUUAUUUAUACAAUAGAGGCAUUUACUCCAAGCCACGGGUUUAAACCUCAAGUGUAUUUUAAGUAAUAGUAAGCUUGUAGGCUGUAAUUGUGCCUGAGGCAGUUGUGAGAAAUAUUCAUGUUUACCUGAUCAAUCAGGACCUAAUCACUUUUUUUAAGUGUGACUUUGUGAAGCUUAUGAAAUUUUAUAAAUCACCUUUAUGGCCCUGCUUAUGAAACUUUAGAAGUGUAUAACAGGGUGAAAGUAUUAUAAACAAGAAGAUUAUGAAACCUCGUGCUCGUUUGUGUUGAAAUCGGUCGGUUGCGAUUGGAGACUUUGAAUUGGAUCAAUGUGAUCAUGAAUUUUCCCCGACUUCAUUGUAGACUGUCGGUGGACAUCGUGUUUGAUUUGCGCAAAUAAAAAAAAAUGUCAUCGCUGUUCUUCAGAAAACAUGUCCAAAUUUGCUGUUUUCCAGGAAAUGGAAAAAACUGCAUAGUUUUGAAUUGAUUAAAUACUAUGUUGUCAAAGUUGACAAGUACUUUAUAAUACCUUUUUGAAAGAUAUUUUCAAAACCGAUUGACAGACAUAAAGGGUGACUAAUAAUAAUGAUUUAUGACAAAGAAAAGUGACCAAAUGUGGAGAUAGGAAGUUCGGAAGGACAGCAAUGAUGAGGGAUAGACAUGAGUUGUUCAAAUAGAGACAUUUUCUCGAUUAAGUUAAAGCAACGAAAACAACCCAGCGUUUUUUAAGUGUAUUGUUUUAGGAUUAAAAGAAUCCAUUUUGUUAUUUUUUAUCUCAAGUGUUACAUCAGCUGAACUGUUAUUAAACACACAAUCUUGUUUUCAUAUGCGUCAAAUGAAUCACGAUGUCCACCCUGACCGAGGUCUGUUUGAAGAUUAUCCGUUAUCUCUAAGGAUCAAUCAUGUUAGACGAAAAUUGUUUGUCGUUCACAGGAAGUUACUGUAAGACGUCUUCCCUCGCGUGUAACGCGCGUCAGAUGUGACGCAAUUUAUGCUCUUCCCAGCGAUCAGGAGAAGUACCGUACUCUCAGACCAGGCGUUUUUCUCUCAAGACGUUUGCCAAAGAAAAGCGAAAAGAGUCUUAAGGGAAAUGUAUUGAUGCAGAACGUCAGGCUCACUCCACUGCGUCAGACCAGUGGAUCCGUCUUCAGGUUUCAAAUGUAUUAUAUCAGCACAACUAAUUCUUCUAAUGUUUUCUGAUGGUUUUCCUCUGAAUUGUGCAAAAUGUUGGCACCUUUUUAAUGCCUAAUUUUAGGAAGACAAUAUUUGCACCUUAAACCCAUACCAAAACACCAUCACCUUCUAAAAGGAUUAGUUCACCCAAAUAUUUGGUCAUCAUUCCUCAUUCCAAACAUGAUUAGCAAAUGUUGCACUUUUCAAACAACAAAUAUAAAAAAUGAAUUCCAUGUACUAGAGUCAGGUCGAUGUGGAUUUUUUUUGUCCGACAUCAAUAUUAAGAAAGCAAUGUGAUGCAAAUGAGAUGCAUAUUGAAAAUAGAUUAAAUAAAUAAAAAUAUUGUGCGUUACGUGCAUAGUUAGCAGCACGUCGCAUCAAAUCAAACUUAUAUACAUGAACAAACUGGAAAGAAUUAUUGGUUUAACGUAAAUAUUUAAUGCAAAGAAAGCAUUAACUUUCAUUUUUUUUUUUUUUAUUGGUGAACUGUCCCUUUAAACAUUGAUCUUCCCAUCUCGCCGGUGUCCCCCUCACGAAUGUCAUUCUUAACUGACCCCUCUCACAUAUUCAGAGUGACAUUGUGUGUUUUAACAAUUUGUUAAUGCUAGCAAAAGUUAUAAUGCGUAGCAGCUUAUUUGAUCGGCUCAGCAUGAUGCAGAAUUCGAUCCCAUCCCACGCCCCUGUCAUGAAGUCCACCCUUCCUUUUUCUAUUUAGAAGAUGCCUCUUAGCGAAAUGCCUCCAUGAAACAGAAAUUCCUAUAUUAGCUAUAAAGAUUCUGAUAUUAUUCCCUUUUGUGCUAGAUUGUCUCUUGAAUGUAAUGGAUUUUGUACCUGUAUUUUUCUAAUUCCGAUUCAGUCUUUCUGUACGCGGUGGCUUUAUACAGAGGAAUUCUAUCUAGGCUGCUUCUUUAAGUAAAUACUUUGUAAAAACUUCCAGUCGUUCUUAAUACACACACCCUGACCUCUGUAGUGCGCGGAAUACGCUCAAAUCUCAUGAGGGUACCCCUGCCACCUUCGUAUGUGACGUCAUCUUCUCUUUUAAGCAUCUACACGCAAUAGCGGCGAUCGCAGAUAUCCGUUUUGCCAAACCUUCCACUUUUCACCUCCUAAACUCGUUUCGAGUCUUAAUAACCUGAAUAUGCACCCGUAAAGGAUGAUCAUUUUUCUGUGUUUAAGAAUGUAAGUUUGUGGCUUAAGAUGCAGUUGUGGCACCGUCUGUUUAAAAGCUAAACCCCCAGAUCCUGUUCUGAUUUUUCUGAGGAGUCUCAUACUCUUGUGUGCUUGAUCUGAUUAUUGUCACUAGUACUGUAUAAUGCAAUGUAUGGAUUUGAUUGUUACAGCCCAGUUGUUGAUGCAGCCUUGCCUUACUGAACCCCCUGUGUAGAGAGGGAACCCUUCGCCAUUGUCCUUCUCAUCCAGUCUUAUGUCAUUACACUGUCUGCUGACGCAAAUGUUAUUCUUUAAACACCUAUUAAAGUAACAUACAUAUGAAA